AUGGCUCUCUCUGGUUCACAAAAGAAGCUGAUCCUACUGGUCUUGGCGUUUGCAUGUCUCUCUUCAUCAGGUGCAGAAGCGUGGAGCUGGAGUUGGAGCAACGGGUCGGGUUGGGGCUGGGGGUCUGAUGGCUCAAGCAGCUCUAGCUCAGGUCCUGGCUCAAACUCUGACGGCUCAGGUCGGAGUUGGGGCUCGAGUCCUAGCUGGGGCUGGAUCUGGGGAUCAGACGGCUCAGACAACUCGGGCUCAGGUUCUGGUUCAAACUCUGCUGAUUCUGGUUGGGGAUGGGGCUGGGGAUCAGAUGGGUCAAGCGGCUCGGGCUCAUGUUCAGGUACCAAUCCUGAUGGUUCAAGAUGGAGCUGGAGCUGGAAUCCUAGCACUACAAGAAAACAAUGCCAACUCCGACAAAAGUUUCUGAGAAAGUGA